CGGCUUCCAACUUGAUAAAUGCUAUUUCAAAGUGUGUGUGUGUGUGCGAUUUACAUGUUCAUGUGUAAAGUGUGUAGUUCUAUAUGUCGAAAAUACAUACAAUAAUUUAUUAAAACGUUUUUAACUGCAAAUUUUACAUCCGUUCGUUAAUUUAUUAUUUUUUGCUAACAAAGAAAGCUGAAUUCGGCAGCAAAUGUCAGGCGUGGAUCAGAAAAUAUCAGGAACUGCAGGAAAAUCUGUCGGGGAGCGCAAUAUACCAUGGAGCCAACAAGUUGAUGAGGCGUCGUAUGAAAACUUAUCUUCUCCAGCCAAUGAUGAUAACUCUGGUAAUCAAAACUCAAUGCAAUUCCAAUUUCCACCGUUUAAUGUGAAAGAAAAUAAUCAUUCGUCAUUGAGUAACACAGGGAAAGGACGCAAAUCAUCUCACAAUAAUGAUACAAAGCAAAAAUAUGGAAAUCCGAGCUCUAACAACAAUCCAAAGCGUGAAAACCAUCACUUAAAUGCUUGGAAUUCAAGGCGACUAUUUGCGGAAAGCUCUGCAUCCUCUAAUCGGAUAAAUGAAAAUGACGAUGGUCAAUCAUCAAAACUGGACAAGCGAACAGGCGAAUCGGUGGAUGAAGUUAAGACUCACGCUACAAUCGCUGCACCUAAAAAGACGACUUGGGCCUCAAUCGCUUCCCAGCCAGCUAAACUAACUUCGAAAACAACAUUUACCACUUCCAGCCAUAAAAAGAAAGGUCCUGGGAUGCCCCCACCACCAAUGGUACCCGGAAAGCAUAAUUUAGAUGUCAAUGUGUGGGAUUUGCCUAAUAGUAAUCCGCCACCAGUACCAUCCCCGCCUUUACCGAUUGACUUGUCCAGUUCGGAAAAAAAUUUUUCCUCGGCAACUAGAGAUGAACCAGCCCCAUUCAUAGGCAAUCAAUCUGAUAAGGAUGAAUGUUACGGGGUUGCUAGUAACAGUAAUUUGUGCAGUGCAAAACCGUCUCCGAGUGGUCAAAAUCGAAAAAGCUGGGUUGGUCAGCAGCAGCAAGUUCAUCAUAUAGAACCACGACAGGGAAGCGGAUCAGCUGCACCACCCAUUCGACGAAUAGUACCUACUGGUAAUCCAAUUCGGUAUAACGAACGUAGGGGGAACUUCUCUGGACAUCGCAACGAGUUUGAGAAAAUCAUCAAGCAUGAAUAUCGAGAUGAAAACAAUCCGCGUAUUGCCCAAAAUUCUUCUGUAAUUGAAGAGGUGGCUGCUGACCCGCAAAUAUUGUUGGAAGAGUUAAAGGAUAAAAACAAUUAUAAUCCCACAGAGAUUGAUUUGGAAAAUGCAGCCACAGCACGAUUUUUCGUAAUAAAAUCCUAUUCUGAGGAUGAUAUUCAUCGCAGUAUAAAAUACGAGAUCUGGUGCUCAACAGAUCACGGUAAUAAGCGUUUGGAUGACGCUUUUAAGGAACGGUACAAAGAGGGCGGUAAUGUUUUGCUUUUCUUUUCGGUAAAUGGCUCAGGGCAUUUUUGUGGAAUGGCACAAAUGAUGACUUCGGUUGAUUAUAACUCCACAUCCAGCGUAUGGUCUCAAGAUAAGUGGAGGGGAAAGUUUAAAGUGAAAUGGAUAUAUGUAAAGGAUGUGCCUAAUGGAAAGUUCCGAAACAUUCGACUUGAAAAUAAUGACAAUAAACCCGUGACAUAUUCAAGAGAUACACAAGAGGUACAAAACUCAAAAGGCAUCGAGGUGUUACAAAUAUUGCACUCGUAUAAACAUACAACAUCCAUUUUUGAUGACUUUUCUCAUUACGAAAAGAAGCAAGAAGAGGAAGUUUCAUCAAAACGUCCAACAACUCACGUUGCAGAUGUCAUUAGCCAAACUCAAGUACCAAUCAACAGACAUUUCAAUCGUCAAAACGAUGAUAGAGAACGAGAGCGAAAUGUGCGCGACAGUCGUAGUAUAAUCAUUAAUACGACUCAAAAAAAUUCCUUUAGCGGUGGAAACAGCAACUUCCGCGACCGCAACUCAGUCCAUAAAAGUGGCGCGGGAUCCGGAAACUAUAACAAUAGCUAUAGCGACUAUCGACGAGGAUUCGACAGAGAAAUUAUUCAGAUUGAUAGGGAGAAUCAUUUUGGAAUACGUCACGGGUCCAACAGAAAAGACGACCAUUCACACAGCCAUUCGACAAAAGCAAGGUUAAAUAAGCGGGACUUCAACACUGAACCAAUUAAAACUGACGUGCGCUUAAGAACUGGACUGUCAACAUCAAGGGAUUUGCCAAAAACAAACAAUGAAAAUAAUAGAAUGCGAAACAAUGACUACUUGUGACUGAGCUACGGUAAAAAUAAUUAAUUGAAUGAUGACGUUAAAUGACGUCUCUUACAAUCCUCAUGCCUGUGUGCACGUAAAAUUCGCUGCUGAUUUCUUGCUUAAGAUUUUUUAAACGAUUAUAUGUACAUGCAGUAAAUUAGAGAGAUAGAUUUAAGCUGAAAAUAAAGCCAACAAACGGUAAUUAGGAUUAACUACAAUAAUAUAAUAAAUCUUUUAUGUAAUUUAUUAUAUUUAUAUAAAUUGAUUGACGCUUUCAUUGAACGGUUCAUUUAAAUAUUAUUGGAUCGAUUUGUACACAAUUUUAAGUCAAGGGUUUACUUGAUUCAUUCCUUGAAGUAGCUGCACUGCUAAUAUUAAUAAAAUUAAUUUUCAUCUAUGUAAAGUGUAAACUGAGUAUGUGAAAUAAUUAAAGUUACCAUUUUCAUUAUACCCAUUGUUGCCUCAAUCUCAACUGCACUGAUAUCAAUUUAUGUAUUAACAUGUACAAGAUAAACAAAUAUCCUGAAAAUAAAAUAUUUCUUAGCGAAUU